GGUAGCAGAAUUGGAAAAAAUUAAUGCAGAAUUUUUACGUGCAAGGCAGCAGCUUGAGCAAGAAUUUAAUCAAAAGAGAGCAAAAUUUAAGGAGUUAUAUUUGGCUAAAGAGGGUUGGAGGUCAACACUGAGAGAGCAAACCAAGACCAGAAGAAGCUACCACCUCACUCUCUCCGACCCAGUGCCUUGCUUCUAAAGCAGAUGUGUCACUCAGAAGAGCACCACUGUACCCACCUCUGGCUCUGGAUCCCGCCUCAGAGAUUUUGCCCAAGGGUCAGCCAGGAAGCAAAAUAGAUAACUGAUCAGAAGCUCUUAAAGGAGCUGGCUUUAUUUGGAACAGAGUGUGAGAAAUUCAAGCUUAAGGGCACUCUCAAAAACAGUGGAGGUUUUGGUAAAAUGCAAUUAAGGGUAGAUUAGGAAUUUCAUUACAGCUAUAAGGUAAACCGUAGAUGAGCUAGUUUACCAGAGAGAACGACAAAAAGAAACAGCUAUGAAGUGUUUUCCUGGAGUCAGAACAAACCUCAAACACUGACCUCAAGAUCUCUGCAAAGGACCGUCAAUGUAAUUGGAUCAGCCUGUGGAAAAAGUUAUGCCCCAGAACAUUAUUGAAUACAAGAGAGGAAUCAGCCAGCAAUUAGUGAAAUUUAGCAGCUGGAUGUAGUCAGGGAAAAGAGACUCAAAGAGGAGCCUUGCUAAAAACCACUCCCAUGCCAGGAUGACUGUGCACAUGCACAAGGCUGAGGAGCAGUAUCAGAGGGUUCACACUGCUGGGGGAUAAGAAGGAGUAAUUGAAACCAAAAACCCAUUUUUGAGUCCAGUCCGACUCGUAGUGACCCUAUAGAGUUCACUAAAAUAUUCCAGCAAGUCACUAAACAAAGAAGCAAACAACCAUAAACUAAUCCAGGUGGAGGCAUGAGGUGGGCCCAGCAUCCAAAGUUGCUACAAUAUAAUGUCUAAAAUGCCCAUUUUUCAGCAAAAAUAAAUUACAAGAUAUGCAUAAAUACAGGAAAAUUAACACAUACAUGGCAAAAAAAGCAUUCAAUGGAAGCUAGCUUAAGACUGACCAGAUGUUGGAUUUAACAAAGACCUUAGUCAUUAUAGAUAUGUUCAAAGAACAGGGGGAAAAAAAACAGCAAGAAUUAAAUGAUAGUAUGACAAUGUCUCAUCAAAUAAAAAAUGUCAAUAAAAAGAGAGAUUAUAAAAAGGAUCAAAUGAAAAUUCUGGAGAUGAAAAGCACAAUAACUGAAAUGAAAACUUCACUAGAGUAGUUGAAAAGUUAAUUUAAACUGAAAGAAGAAAGAAUAGGCUUGAAUGUAGCUGACAAAAGAUUAUGCAAUCCAAAGAACACAGAAGAAUAAAGGAAAACGAACAGAGCCUCAGGCACCGUUGAGUGCAUCAUCAUGCUCUCUGGCAUAAUGAGAGUGCCCGAAGGAAGGGAAAGAAAAAAACUAGAAAAAAAUACUUGAAGAAAUAAUGGCCGUGAAUUCCCCAAAUUUCAUGAAGAACCCUAACCUAAAGAAACUUAAUGAACUCCAAAUAGGAUAAACACAAAGGAAUCCUCUCACAGAUAUAUCAUAAUAAAAAUGCUGAAAUGAGACAAUCUUGAAAACAGUGAGAGAAAAAAACAAAACUUGUUGCUUACAAGGGAACCUCAGAUGAACAGCUGACUUCUCAUCAAGAGCAAUGGAACCUAGAAGGCAGUGGGAUAACAUUCAGUAUGCUCAAAGGGGAGGAAAAAAGCCACCAACCAAGGAUUCUGUAUCCGGUGAAAGUAGUUUUCAAGAAUUAUGUGAAGUAACGACAUUCCCAGAUAAAUCUGAGUUGAUUUAUUUCUAAUAGACUCGCUUAACAAGAAAUACUGAGGGAAGUUCUUCAGGCUGAAAGCAAGGGACCCCAGGCCGUAAUUUGAAUUCACAUGAGAAAAAAAAAGCACCAGUAAAAGUAAUUGUGUAAUUAUAGCAGACAGUACAAAUGCCUGUUUUUUCUCUUAACUGAUUUAAAAAAGCGGUUGUAUGAAGCCAUAUUUAUAUUACUGGGCCUAUGACAUAUGCAAAUUUAAUAUAUUUGCCAAUAUUAGCCGAAAGGAGGUGGGUGGGAGUAAAACUGUAUUGGACUAAGAGAUGACACCAGAUUUGUAAUUCUAGUCCAUAAGUACAAAUGAAGAGAACCAGAAAUAUAAAUAAGAGGAUCUGAAGAGGCAAAAUGCAGUGUUACAAGCUGCGCAAGAUGACCUGGGGCACCUGCGGACACAGCUAUGGGAAGCGCAAGCAGAAAUGGAGAAUAUCAAGGCCAUUGCCACAGUCUCUGAGAACACCAAGCAAGAAGCUAUAGAUGAAGUGAAAAGACAGUGGAGGGAAGAAGUUGCAUCACUUCAGGCUGUUAUGAAAGAAACGGUUCGUGACUAUGAGCAUCAGUUCCACCUCAGGCUGGAGCAGGAGCGAACACAGUGGGCACAGUAUCGAGAGUCCGCAGAGAGGGAAAUAGCUGAUUUGAGGAGGAGGCUGUCUGAAGGUCAAGAGGAGGAAAAUUUAGAAAAUGAAAUGAAAAAGGCCCAAGAGGAUGCUGAAAAACUUCGGUCUGUUGUGAUGCCCAUGGAGAAGGAAAUUACGACUUUGAAAGAUAAACUGACAGAAGCUGAAGACAAGAUUAAAGAGCUGGAGGCCUCAAAGGUUAAAGAGCUGAAUCAUUAUCUGGAAGCUGAGAAGUCUUGUAGGACUGACCUGGAGAUGUACGUAGCUGUAUUGAAUACUCAGAAAUCUGUUCUACAGGAAGAUGCUGAGAAAAUGCGGAAAGAGCUGCACGAAGUUUGCCACCUCUUGGAACAAGAACGACAACAACACAACCAGUUAAAACACACGUGGCAGAAGGCCAAUGACCAGUUUUUGGAAUCUCAGCGUUUGCUGAUGAGAGACAUGCAACGAAUGGAGAUUGUGCUAACUUCCGAACAGCUCCGACAAGUUGAAGAAAUGAAGAAGAAAGAUCAGGAGGAAGAUGAACAACAAAGACUUAAUAAGAGAAAGGAUCAUAAAAAAACAGAUGUUGAGGAAGAAGUCAAAAUACCAGUAGUGUGUGCUUUAACUCAUGAAGAAUCUUCAGCCCAGUUAUCAAAUGAAGAGGAGCAUUUAGAUAGUACUCAUGGUUCAGUCCAUUCCCUAGAUGCAGACUUACUGUUGCCAUCUGGAGAUCCGUUCAGUAAAUCAGACAAUGACGUGUUUAAAGAUGGACUUAGGAGAGCACAGUCUACAGACAGCUUGGGAACCUCGGGCUCACUGCAAUCCAAAGCUUUAGGCUAUAACUACAAAGCAAAAUCUGCCGGAAACCUAGACGAAUCAGAUUUUGGACCUUUGGUUGGAGCAGAUUCUGUGUCUGAGAACUUUGAUACUGCCUCCCUUGGGUCUCUGCAAAUGCCAAGUGGGUUUAUGUUAACCAAAGAUCAGGAAAGAGCAAUCAAGGCGAUGACACCAGAACAAGAAGAGACAGCUUCCCUCCUCUCCAGUGUCACCCAGGGUAUGGAAAGUGCUUAUGUGUCCCCCAGUGGUUACCGCUUGGUCAGCGAGACGGAAUGGAAUCUCCUGCAGAAAGAGGUAUACAAUGCUGGAAACAAACUUGGAAGACGUUGUGACAUGUGUUGCAAUUAUGAGAAACAGUUACAAGGGAUUCAGAUUCAGGAGGCUGAAACCAGAGACCAGGUGAAAAAACUACAGGUGAUGCUGAGGCAGGCUAAUGACCAGUUAGAGAAGACAAUAAAAGACAAACAGGAGCUGGAAGACUUCGCACAGCAGAGCGCCGAGGACUCAAGUCAUCAGAUAUCUGCACUUGUCCUAAGGGUACAGGCAUCCGAGAUCUUACUUGAAGAAUUACAACAGGGGUUUUCCCAGGCAAAGAGGGAUGUUCAGGAACAGAUGGCAGUGCUGAUGCAAUCGCGGGAACAGGUUUCAGAAGAGCUGGUGAGGUUACAGAAAGAUAAUGACAGUCUCCAGGGAAAGCACAGCUUGCAUGUGUCCUUACAGCAAGCAGAAGACUUCAUCCUUCCGGACACCAUAGAGGCGCUCCGGGAGUUGGUAUUAAAAUACCGUGAGAACAUUGUUAACGUGAGGACAGCAGCAGACCACGUGGAAGAAAAGCUGAAGGCUGAAAUACUUUUCCUAAAAGAGCAGAUUCAAGCAGAACAGUGUUUAAAAGAAAACCUUGAAGAAACUCUGCAGUUAGAAAUAGAAAACUGCAAGGAGGAAAUAGCUUCCAUUUCUAGCCUAAAAGCGGAGUUAGAAAGAGUAAAAGUAGAAAAAGGACAGUUGGAGUCCACCUUAAGAGAGAAGUCUCAACAGCUUGAGAGCCUUCAGGAGAUGAAAAACACUUUGGAAGAACAGUUAAAGAAAGAGACUGCUGCUAAGGUCACCACUGAACAGCUGAUGUUUGAGGAGAAGAAUAAAGCUCAGAGGCUGCAGACAGAAUUAGAUGUCAGUGAGCAAGUCCAGAGAGACUUCGUAAAGCUUUCCCAGACACUUCAGGUGCAGUUAGAGAGGAUCCGGCAGGCAGACUCCCUGGAGAGAAUCCGGGCAAUUCUAAACGAUACCAAACUGACAGACAUUAACCAGCUCCCUGAGACAUGACCCGUGAUGGCCGGACGCUAGCCUGCAGUUUGGGUUUUUAACUCAUUUAGAGCAACAUUAAUUAUUAUUUAACUCUUAACUGAAGAAACGUCACAACAAAAGAAGACUGAAGAAAUGCUUAUUUCUGGUGGGAGAAGACUGCAGCAGGGGAAUGGCAAACAGCCCAGGAGAUUGGCAGUGAAGACCUUCCAGAUGGGAACACUGACAAGACUCUGGGCUCGAUUCCAGGGGUGUAGGAUCUGACGAUGGUGAUGGCAAAGUGCUGUUUCCUUGCCUGCUUUAUCCGACAUAGAUUCCUGGAACACAUUUCUCAAUCCUAAAACGACAUCCAAAUAGCUUUUGGAAUUUUGUUCACAAAUACUGGGAGAGAGAUUUUUUUUCUGUUAGUCUAGUGCUCAUCAGUAACAGUAUACAGAGGUGUAGAUGCUGUAUGAAUAUUUUAUAUUAAAAUAUGAAGUGUGAGAGCAGACCAUUGGCUAGUGACUGUAUUUCCUAGCUCAGCGCUCUCCCUACCCCCAACCAUUUUAAUUUGCAUUGGAGGACCUUAAAUGCUACUGAAACUUGCUGGAGGACUAGUCGGUGGCAAGCAAAACCAACUCAAGAACUGAAUGAAUUCUGAGAAUUUGACAGCUUGGCCCUUGCUAUAUGUAUUGGGAGUUGAGGUUAAAGGAAAAGCACAAGAGACUCUCUGGCAGCACUCUUUCUGCACACCUGGAUGAUCUUCACGGGCCCACAGGUACCGGGGUAACGCUGAACCACGCCACCCGCCCUGAAAACUGUUUCGUUUUAGUUAUUGGAUCAGUGGAAAAAAUAUUAAUAAAACAAGCUAUGUCUGACAAGUAUACAUUUAUAAAUCCGCUGCUUAUUUUCAGCUUGGAUCAACGGGCUUGAGUACUGUUUGUUUCGAAAGUGUCAAAUAGAAAAUGGUGAUAACUAGGUUUGACAGAUAACCUACCUUCUGUUUUCUCUUAUCAUUUAGACUUGGAGUGUAAGUCACAACGCUUAUGGGUAAAGCUGGAUUUUGGAAAAGCCAGGUUAGUAUGUUCAUCCGUUUGGGAAUCUGCUUUGUCAUUUCUUCCAGAGGUUAAAUUUCUUUCCUAUGUGAAGAAAGCCCCAGUAGAACAGGCUGUUGUUGCCAUAGCUUGAUGAGGUGUCGCAGAAGGCACAAGGAGUGGAUUCGUGUUUAUUGUUUACCUGCUGCAGUACUGUCCCCAGGAUUAGCUGGGGGGAGGCUACACUGUUUAACUGUACAGAUGGCUCAAAAGUAUAAUUGUUUUCAAAGAUUUUUUGUGACUGGUCUCACCUAAGAAACAGCAGGGUACUUGAAGGAGCCUUAUUGGAAUUAAGCUGGCUAAAUAGAUCAUUUGGUUCAUUUAAAGCCAUCAACUUACAGCUUCAAGUGAAUUGUCUUUGUUAUAAAUGAAGUUACUAUGGAAUUACCCUGAAGUCUUUACUUCUGUCUUCCAUAGGACAAGUGAUAAAGACCACGUACCUCACCCCUUGGGUUAUCGUUAUAGUCUUGCAUUCAUGAUUAUGAACUUAAAAGUAAAUACUAAUUAUGGAAACAGUGCUAUAAGCUUGCCAUGUAUGGAACAUUAAUUGGUUUAAAGUCCCUGUGUAUAAAGCAAUAUUUGGUUUAGAUAAAGGAAACAUACCUCCUCAUUGAGUUCCAGGAAAUUUUAUUAAUCCCCAAAUCCAAUCCAUUUAAAUUAUGUAAGUUUUAAGACUAGUCCCUCAACUGACCUCUGUCUCUAGCUCCCAGGACCCAGACACCUUGCAGGUGUUUUUCUCCAGAAGACAGCCCUGGGGCAAUCAUCACUACGGGGGAAUGUCAGUGACCACCACCGUGGAGAUACAGACUGUUAGAACCCACUCUGUUGAGAAAAAUGUCCUAGAAAAACCCAAACUGAGACUAGGUUUCGCUUAACAAUUUGUUUCUGGUAUGAAACAAACUAUUGUGUCACCAUCCUGGUAGGAAACGGUUUUUUAAACUGGGCUUUGUGCAUAAUAGGAAACUGAUUAGAAAGUAGGACUUGGCCUUUCUUGUCUAAAGAUCAGAUGGGUUUCAUGAGCGUCCUGUGCUUGUAUGCGAUCUGUACACACGUGUCCUCACGCAUGUCUAACCUGAUUUACCUCUUACCUGUAACCUACCUUACCGUGUGGCUUUAAAUUGGCAGCCACUCAACCGUUUCCAGGCAGGUAACGUAUUACCUUUCAGAAUUCACGUUGGCAGGUAUGAAACGGUGACCCAAAGCUAACUGAGGAUGAAACCACCUCCUGUGUACCAAGCUAUUUAUGUUUCUUUCUUCUUUGAGGUCCUAAAUGUGCACCUCCUAACCCCUCAGUAACAAGUACUGGGACACAGAGCACAGCCAAACUCAGCUCUGAAAGGUAAACUGCCUGCUGUGGAAGUGAGCCUGCAGUAGUGGCCUUGUGAUUGUGGAUCUUGAGCUCUGCUCUGCAGAUUUCAGGUGUAACCAUUGUUAACUGUACUGAAGGUGUGUCCUUAAGAAGAUAAAGUGUUCAAAUUAAAAAAGCUGCUGCCUCGUAUACCGUGUGGCCUUUUUCUUUGACUCCCAGGGCUUUGUCCCUUUUCAGAGUCUUAUUUCUGGUGAUGCUGCUUUAAAACACAGCUCAAAUCUGUCACUUUGUUCUUGUUCAAAUAUGAAGAAAACUCACCAGGGUUCCUGGAAAUCUGGCAGCGUGUAACUCAAAGUCUGUGUCUCAGGUUUUUUAAAAAAUAAGCCAAGACCCUUGCCAAGUAUAAUCAUAGACUUGAAGUGUAUCACACAUCCAGUUUUAAAAUACAUUUAUUCAGUAAUCGUUUAUAAAAAAAUCAUGAAUGACCACACCAUCGUUCGCUUACAGUGCUUCUUUAUAAGUUAGAUAAUGCUACAUGUUUGUUUUACAGUAUGGGUUUAUGCCUCCAGUUGCGUUCACUGCAGUUGGGACUCUGUUCCUGGUGGUGUCAGAAGUUCACGUGAUUUCGGAUAUCAUUGAUCUGCUUCACCAUCUCCCUUAUGUGUUCACCCCUGUAAAAUCACGAAGUCACUGACUAUUGGGAAUGUAGUUAGUGAAUAAACCAUUUGUAUGGAGUCUUAAGAAUGUAAACUUGUAAUGCUGAAAUCUCUUAGAAGUGUUUUGCUUCAGUAACUGAAGCACUCAGGCUAAAGGCUGAAGUAGUGGUGCAACUGCUGGAAGUACUUGGGAACAUAUUCACUGAGGAAUGCUGUCAGACCACACACCAGGUCCUGGGACAGGAGAGUCACCAGCUUGAUUACUUCCACCAUGCGCACUUCUUAAAUCCCUAUCCUAAGGCUCCUGUCCCAGUAAUUACUUGACGUCCAAAUGCCAAGACUCAAGUUUCUUACCUGGAAGAGGGGUUAACUUCGGCAUGCUGCAAGGAAGAGCUGUUUGGAAGGACAGCUAUUUGGAGGUGUGUACUUACUCCUCCUUCAGGACGGACUGAAUGCACUUCCGCUGGUAGGCACUGAGAGUAAUGGUGGGUUUUUGAGGACUCGGUACCUUUUCCAUCUUCCGCUGUUGAUACUCUUUUUUCAUAGUCACCUUAAGUAUCAAGCGGAACACAGAUAUUCUGGCUAUGGUUGGCCAUAAAUUUUCAUAGUGUCUAUCUCAGUCUGUUCUUUUUACAUUUUAUAACGUUCUCUUCUAUACAACAAGCUAGUUUAAAAAAAGCCCCCAAUUUAGCCACUCUGUAGCCAUUCCUACCUGUCUGAUGGCACUGCCCAAAUGCCGAAGUUGAUCAGGAAUCAGCUGUAAUUCUUUCUUCAUGUCUCUCUCACUAUCAGAGAGAACUGGGAGCUGAGAGUGAAAACUGUGCAGCACUUUUUUCAUCCUUCAGAAAAAGGUAAGCAAACAUACCAGCGUUUAAGAUCUCUGCCAGGAGUGGGAACCCAAACAAAGCUCCUCAUUCAUGAAUCUGGUGUCCGUGGAGGCCCCCAGAGGAUGGUUUGAGGGAAGCAUCCCUGCCUUCCCUAACGUAUUCCUCAAAGGGGAGAAGUAGGUAGUCACAUUCUAUAAGCAUCUGAACACCUGCUAGAGCCCCGUUUUUCUUGUCAGUACCAGAGGACUUAACACGUAACAUCGUUAGGACCCGAGUAGGAAACUGAUCGUCCUGCCACUCACUGACCUGUUCAUGAUGUCUUCUUGUUUCUCCUUAGCUUCCUCAUACUUGUCAGCUAAGCGCUCAGCCAUUUCCCGUAGGCUUUUUCUAAAAACAUAAAAAGCCAGACUCUUAAGGUCCACCUUGAUGUUCAUCAAAGCCACAGACUUAGCUUAUAGCAUCUUAGGGUGAAAGAACAGUUCUGGUCUUACUGAACUACUGUUGUGUUCUCCCAAGUUUUGGUACUUACCUUUCCUCUUGACAAUAAUUGAGAUCUUCUAGUUGUUUCUUUUUUUGGUCACACAAUAAUUUGACCCUUCAAGAACAAGAAAGAAACGAAGUUUAAUCAGAAACCAGAUUUAGGCCGUUACACGGUGUCAGCUACUGGCCAGGAAAUAAUGGUACGUGAAAAAAGGCCACUGCUUUCUAAAGGACAUCCUACCUCCGCUGAAUCUCCUCCUUUGCCAGGUCCUGUUUAAGGAUGUACCGUUCCCUGAACACCUGUGUGGCUCUGCUAAUAAGCUGAAGACACUCUUCAGGAGGGGCCGUAUCCUUUUCAGAUGACCUUUAAAAAAAAAAAAAAGGUUCUACUAUGACUUUCCUUAGCCCAGUGAAACAACUGAGAACAGACUAAAAUCAUGGCUGCCCCUUUCUUUCUUUUUAACACUUCCUGUUUAUCAUUCUCAGGUGCUACUUCUCUCCCUCUAGUCAUCAGUUGAUUAAAUACGCCCUGUUUUUCCUCUAUCCAUGAGUCGGAGCAGACUCGAGGGCAGUUAACAGCUUUUCUUCCAGCUCCACAUGGUAAAAAUAUGAAAUCAAACAGCUGAGGCCGGAAAGGAUAACAGUAAUUAUGAAAACAGAAAGGAACCAGUUCUUAAACCCUAUAUGCCCUCGAACCCAUACUUCAAAAAUGCCGGGUUGGCAACGCUACGUUGCAAAAUGCUUCUAAUGUGCUUCUCAAACGAAUCCGGAGUUUCCACCAGAAUACGGAGAGGAGACUCUGCCACUUCCACGUCGUCUCGGGUACAGAGCAGGGAGGGAGAAGCCGGAUGGACUGUGCAU